AAAAGAGGGCGCUUCAAAAACCAAUAAAACAGAAUACCGUGUAUCAAAAGGUACAUAAUAUUUAUGCUACUGUUAAUUUUUUAAUAAAUGCAAUAUAUUGUUACUACAUCCCUGGGAAAGGGGAGAAGUUGACGACAUCAUGUGUUUCGGUCCACUCAAGAGGCUAUGUCAUUGGGGGCCAUUUAUCGCCCUCUUUCUGAUUUUCUACAUUACCACUAUGUCAGUUUACUGCGAUCUUGUUUACUGGCCUCCGACCCUUGACAGCUACGGGAGCAUCGUGCAUUUCAUCAUCCUAUCAUCUUGGAUCUUCUUUAUCUUGUUCAAUUAUUUCAAUGCAGUAUUUCGUGGACCGGGGUUUGUUCCUUUGGGAUGGAAACCGGAAAAUUUAGAAGAUUGUAAGAAGCUUCAAUUCUGUGAAGCGUGUCAGGGUUAUAAGUCCCCACGCUCGCACCACUGUAGGCAUUGUAAAAGGUGUGUGAUAAAGAUGGACCAUCAUUGUCCUUGGAUUAACACCUGCUGUGGUCACUUUAACCAUUCUAGUUUCACAUAUUUCCUCAUAUUCGCUCCUCUCGGGUGCAUGCACGGUGCAACUGUCCUCAUUCUAACAGUAUACCAUCGAGUUUUUAAGACUUUGCAUUAUCCGAAGCGCCGAUAUCCUGAGCUACACCAAGGGGCAUUAGUUGAAUACAACAUCCUACAUCUUAUCUUGACAUUCCUGGCAAUUGGCUUCGCUAUUGGUGUUGUAAUUGCAGUUGGGUUCCUAUUUUUUAUUCAAAUUAAAGUUAUUAUAAAAAAUGAGACUGGGAUUGAAUCAUGGAUUAAAGCAAAGGCACUCUAUAGGAAAAGAGAAGAUGAAUUUGUUUAUCCAUACCACCUGGGCUGGAAGGAGAACAUGAAACAGGUUUUCACAUGGAGUGGUAAGCCGAAAUCCGAUGGCAUUGUAUGGCCUGUAGUGGAAGGCUGCACUCAGUAUACAUUAACAAUAGAACAAUUAAAACAGAAGGAAGAAAAGCGAUUACGAGCUAUUGAAUAUAUUGUUACAGAGGAUUACAGUGGUUCAUGGUUACCAAUUACAAAGGGAUGUUGUACUUGUAUACGAGUACCCCUCACGGAUGAGCCACGCAUUAAAAUAAAUGUGGACGAUAUUAUCCUGGUAACUAGGUGGAAAAAGUAUUGGAUGUAUGGCGAGCGCAUUUACCAAGCCAAGAAAGAAAAUACAGAGGAAAGUAAAAAGAAAGUUCGCGGAUGGUUCCCACUUCGCUGCGCUAUCCAGUACAAUGUUGCUGAUUAUCCUGAAGGAAAAAGUCCUGUCAGUAAGAAGGAUAAGUGAAGAUAUGAAAUUAUCGCUAAAUGAGUUAUGUGUAUCAUUGUGAUAAGCUGUACAAGGUUAUAUUUCAUGAUUGGCAUUUUUAGAAGAGAAAAUAUGCGGCGUUUAGUCGUAUAAAUUAACUUGAAAGCGUAGAGUACAAAUGACUUUGCACGUAAUGAGUACCAGCCUUUUGCAGCUGAGUGUGUGCGUUCAUUUGUUCUCGCACCACAACGCACGUAAACAACAAUAUGAUGAAGCAGUUGCAUUAAAAAUAGCUCAUUAGACUGGAAAAUAGAAACAAAUCAAGAAUAUACUUCAGUAAAUUUAUGCCUACUACAAAUCUCAAGUUCAUAAAAAAUCAAAGCAUGAAAUUGUCAACCUUAAAAAUAUGAUAAUUUUUUUUCUAAUAAUAUUACUUUUUGAAUUUAUCUUGUGCUUUUUGUUGAGUCUCAUUUUGAGCUCUGUUAUGAAACAAAAUUUGGGAUUGAAUUUUUGUUUGGUUUAAGUUUUUUGCAUAGUGUGGGGUUUCUUUAAUAAUAGAUUAAAAAAAAAGAGGUUUUUAUAUAAUAGGUUUGAUGUCAGUUAUAAAGAUGUUUAUCUACUUAAUUAUUAUUUAAUGUAAUAUUUCUUAGCAUAUACACUAUGAAUAUACUUCAGUAAAUUUAUGCCUACUACAAAUCUCAAGUUCAUAAAAAAUCAAAGCAUGAAAUUGUCAACCUUAAAAAUAUGAUAAUUUUUUUUCUAAUAAUAUUACUUUUUGAAAUUUAUCUUGUGCAUUUUGUUGAGUCUCAUUUUGAGCUCUGUUAUGAAACAAAAUUUGGGAUUGAAUUUUUGUUUGGUUUAAGUUUUUUGCAUAGUGUGGGGUUUCUUUAAUAAUAGAUUAAAAAAAAAGAGGUUUUUAUAUAAUAGGUUUGAUGUCAGUUAUAAAGAUGUUUAUCUACUUAAUUAUUAUUUAAUGUAAUAUUUCUUAGCAUAUACACUAUGAUGUUUAAACUAAAUUAUGGUUAUUAUGUCUUUGUUAAAAAUAAGUAAUUUAUUUAACAAUGAAGAUUAUGAUUGUGAUAUAUGAACAAAAAAUACUAUAAAAAUAAAAUAAAAUAAAUAAUAGAGACAUUUCUUCAAUACAAACCAACGAUUACUCAACAUCUUUUUUUAUUACUUUACUAAAAUAGAAUUAAAGGUUUUAUUUUUGUUAUUUUAUAUACAGUACAGCAAUGGUAUUUAUUUAAAGAUUUCCUAACCUAUCAUCAUUUGAUAAUACUUGUAUGGGAAAAAAAGAAUAACAUGAAUAUAAAAUAGUUUAACUAUACUAUCAUAUUAGCGUGUGUAGGGACUAUUCGGGGGAGAUCAAAACUGGGCACCUAACAGUUAUGCACAGAGAAUGUGGUCGGCAUCAUCUAGUUCUACUACUCUUUAUUAACCUUGUAGUCAUUUGAAAACCUAUGGUGAUUGAUCCUUCUCUUUUGCUGCACCAAAAUUUUAAAACAAAUUACCCAAAUUUGUAAGGUCUUCUCCAUCUUUGGCCCUUGUUAAAUCCGGCUUAAAUCGCAUUUUUUCUCACAAUUCUAAUCCUUUUUGUUCUUGUUUUUUCUUGUUGUUUGCUUUCUUUUUUGUCUUGAAACUGGGUUUGAAAGUACAUAGAGACAUUGCAUUAUAGUAUGCACUAUAUAAAUGGAAGACCAUGACCAGAUACAAACAUUUUGAAAUUUUACAUGGAACAGCAGACAAUAUAUUUAUCUAUUAUUAAAUAGAAGAUUGUAAAGUUGACUAAAGUGUCAUGAAGUGACAUCUGAAAGCUUAAAAUAUGCCAAAAUAACUUGAAUUUAAUAAUUCUACAUGGAUUUUAAGACUUGCACCAUUAAAGAAAACAAAGUGUUUAUUUUGCCAGAUAUAACUUAAAUUUGAAUGCCUUUAAGGCUAAGGUUAGAGUGCGCCCUCACUAAUCAUCACGAAAAUGCUAUGUGAACUAAUAGGCGUUUAACCUGUUUUGUAAUUUGAAUUUUUUAAUGCUUUGAUAUUUUAAAUGUUUUAUAUGUAAUUUUUCUCAAUCUUGUGGAAGAACGAUUAUUUUAAUCGAACAAAUUUAUUUGUACUUUUUGUGUUUAUAUAUAUACAUAUAUAUAUAUAUAUACAUAUAUAUAUAUAUAUUUAUAUAUAUAUAACCAGCUAAAUAUCCACGACAAAAAGUAAAUUACAAAGAGGGUAAUUGGUUUUAAAUAAUACAGUAGUAUUGUCAUGUAUUGUAGCUUGGAAAUAAGUUGUUUAUGUGGGCCCUGUAUUGUAUUGUAUCAAUUAUUACAUAUUCAUAAAGGUUAAUUAAAGAUAACCGUUUGUGUUUUAGACUCUCUCCUAGCGUAAAGGUAGUAUAGGCCUACUACUAAGUAGUAAUAGUGUUUUGUGUUUUGUAUGUUGCUGCAGUAAGGUCACUCACUUAAUAUAUUUUAGCGAUAUUGUUCUUGAGGAUUUGGCGGAGAAAGCCAUAUAUGGGCAUGAUAAUGUCAUAAUAUACCCAAAUACAGACAUAUCACAUAACAAAUGUAAAUCUAUGCACAGCUUUUCCUUGUACAGUAAUAAAACCUGCAGCACAACUAUAUAAUAAUUUGGCCAUAAAAGAGAUAUCGAUCAUAGAUCUUCCAAUGACCUAAUUAGGCUUUUAAUAGGAUGGUGCUAACUGUUGAUAACUUAAUUGUACGUGUAUGUGUAUUUAUAUACCUCCACAUUGUUUUAGAAAAGUAGUAGUAUAUUUAUAAAAUGUAGAUAAGGUUAGUCAACUCGAUUAAUAGUUAAUACAGUUCGCCUUCUAAUUCGAGACCACCUUUUGGAACCUGAGCAUUUUGUGUGGUCUCUGUAUCUACGUAGUUGAUUAUAGUGUUAGCAUGGUGUUAGUAGAUAAUAUAUUUGGUUUUUUGAAAAAAGUGGUCUCGAAUUAGAGGGGUAGGUCUUGGAAUUUAGGGAUCCCGAAUUGAAGUGUGCGCUGUACUUGUAAGUGGUCUCGGGUGGUGGUGUUUAGUGAUUAAAUAAAACAUGAUUGUUUGUGAAAUUUUAAUAUUGCUCGUUUUGGUACAUCAAGAAAAUAUCAAAUGUCAGCUAAAUAAUAUAGAUAUAAAAAGCUACAUUGAUAUAAAAAUAAACGAAAAAAAAGAAAGACUCGAGAUUUUCUUCAGAUGUGAUGAUAUAUGAGCAUUUGUUUUGAAUAUUUUCAAUUACAAUUCCGUGUUUAUUA